GCAUACGUUUAGGCUAGGUUAACAUCGAUUUCAUUGAUCAGUUAUUCAUGUAAAGCUUGACGUAAAGUUUGUUGUUGUAUUUUACUGGUAGAGAACUCGCUCGCGAUGACAGAUUUAUUCAACAUCGCCAAUCUCAUCACAACUGUCGGCGUCGACGGCGUAAAGAUCAAGCCGGAGCCCGGAUUACCUGAAAAAUCGUCCAACGAGAUUCUGACGGAGCUCUUCAGCACCUUUGACGCACCGGAGGACGGCGUCGCUUCGCCCGAGAACAGCGAUCAGCAAGUCCCGAAUGGCAGCGCCAAAGCCACCAAGAAGAGAAAGAAGAAACACAAGCACAAGGAAAAGAAACACAAGAAGAAAUCGAGGCACAAUUCCUCGGACAGUACCAGCGAUGCAGAAGGUGUAAAGAAAAAGAAGAAACACAAGAAAAGAUCAAAACGGAGACGCGAAUCUGUUUCGAGCAAGUCGUCGGAAUCUAGUGAGAUUAAAGUUAAACUGACAAAACUGAACGAUGACAUGAAUCUUGGAAGUAUAAAUGAUGAAGAAUCAAAGAUGUUUGACAUUAUGUCGAAAAAAGAUAGCAUUAAUGAGGUGACAAAAUUUGAGAACCAGAUGUAUAUAAACAAAGAUUCAGAUAUCGUUGAUAAAAUUGUAGAUGGUUCUGGUAGUCCUCAAUUACCACCUAUAUUAAAGAAGAUGGAAGACGAAUUUGAUGAGCCAAUAAUGCCUAAACUUCUUGAAAAACCAAAGCAGCCUUCUCAAGGAAAAAUAUUAAUAAAGGAUCUCAAAAACAGUACUGUUUAUAGUGAAACAGUUAAAGAGAUAGAAAAUAAGCAAAAGGCAAAAGCUGCAAGAAUGGAAGAUGGCGAACUGUCUGACAGCAGUAGUGAUGAUAAUAGGACACCUACUCUAAGUCCUCCUCCAGUUCACGGCAGGUCUCCAUCGUUCAGUCCAAGUAGAGAAAAGCUAAGAAGCAGAAUGUAUAGUCCAUCAAAAAAGUCAUUCCCUUCAAAGAAUGAUCUUAGAUUAGUUUUAAGAGAGAAGGAGAAGAAAAGAAGUGUAAGAAAAAGGGAUACUAAAAGAAGUAGGAGUUGCCAUUCUCAAGACAGAAAGAGAUCGAGAUCACGAACGCGACACGAUUCGCAUCGCAGUAGGAGCGGUGGAAGAGAAAAACAGAGAGACAGGAGCAAAGAAAGGCGUGACAGUGAUAAAAAUGAUGAGAGACGUGAUUCGGGCAGGAGCAGAGAGAGGCGUAGACAUAGAAGUCGCAGUGAAAACAGAAAUAGAGACAAGAAUACGCGAGGCCGAAGUAGAAGCAGAGAAAGAAAAGAACGAAUAGAGAUUGAUAAGAAGAAAUUGUUAGAAAUUGCUAGGAGGAAUGCUAUAAAUAUGAUUAAACAAGGAACUCUCCCUUUAGCUCAACAAGAUAAAGCUAUCGCUGCCAUACAAUCUGGUGGAAAAACAGUGGAAGAACUUACAGAUUUUUGUAAAUCAUUAUCAAAAUCUGAAGAAUUAGGUGAACUAUCUAGUAUUUCUUCUGAAGGUGAAGAAAGUGAAUCUGAAAAAGGGUUUCAUCAUCCUUUUCUUCUAAAAGAAAGACCCAGUUCUAUUAUAAUGAAUAUUAGAGAUGCGAAACAGUUGCCAACAAAAACGUUUCAAGAAAAAACAGCUGAGACUUCAAAUCAGUUACGACUGCAAUUUCCUGUCUCCAGUGGACAACAUCAUAGAAGGAGUGAAAACGAAUGGGUGCCUGUUACACCAAAGAAACCAGAACCAAAAAAAUUAUUUGUACCAGCUUCAAGUGAGCCACCAGCCAUAAUGCCACCACUUCCUGUGCCAGAACCAGUUCCUCCUCUACAGCCUGUGCAAACUGUUUUUCCUACAGUGACAAAGUCUGUAGACAUUGGUUCUAUAGUGUCUGAAAGACUAGCUGCUAUGAGAAAAUUAACAGAAAAUCCCAAUGAUGUAGGUGCUUUGAAUGCAAUGCAUCGAGCACAAAACGAGAUGAGAACUUGGGCUGAAAGUAAGCAGAUACCAGGUCAGUUUACUGGUAGUACAGGAGUUAGAGUACUCACACCUGCUGAACUGUCCUCAGGUUAUCAAGCUUGGGCACGUAAGGAUCAAUUAGUAUCAGCACAGCCUGUGUCAGGUGGGAUGGGUAUGGCACUGCUGCAAAAGAUGGGUUGGCGACCAGGUGAGGGUCUAGGCAAAAACAAGGAAGGGGCCUUGGAACCGUUACAACUAGAAGUUAAAUUGGACAAGCGAGGACUAGUAUCUGAGCAAGAUAUUGGACAGAAGAUUGGCAAAACACUAAAGCCUAUAGUGCCAGCUGUCAAGACAUUGGAAGGCAAACAUCCAGUGUCACUUUUGGGUGAAUAUUGUUCAAAAAAGAAGCUCGGUGCUCCAGUUUAUGAGUUAUGCUUUGAAUGUGGACCAGAUCACCGAAAGAAUUUCCUCUUUAAAGUAAAAGUAAAUGGCAUCGAGUACAAGCCAAGUGUUGCAAGUCCUAACAAAAAACAAGCAAAAGCAGAAGCAGCACAGAUAUGUCUACAGAGUUUAGGUUUAUUACCUUCUUGAUUGUAUGAGCUAUAAUUGUAUGAAGAGAUUGUAAAUUAAUCUCCUUGUUACAUAACUUCAUUUUUCAUCAAGAAAGUAAUAACGUAUAUAAUAUUCUAUAAAUUAUAAUUUUACACAUUGAUAUUGUACAAAUAAUAUCAUAAAAAAUGAAAUAAUUACCAACUGUUUAUUUCUUACAAUCAAGCAUUAAACUAUUUAUUAGUUUAAUGAUUAACAUUUACAUUAUAGUGCAA